GGGAGGGCGGAUACAGCGAAUGCGGGGUCCGGGGAGGGCGGAUACAGCGAAUGCGGGGUCCGGGGAGGGCGGAUACAGCGAAUGCGGGGUCCGGGGAGGGCGGAUACAGGGAAUGCGGGGUCGGGGGGAGGCGGAUACAGGAAUGCGGGGUCCGGGGAGGGCGGAUAUAGCGAAUGCGGGGUCCGGGGAGGGCGGAUAUAGCGAAUGCGGGGUCGGGGAGGGCGGAUAUAGCGAAUGCGGGGGUCCGGGGAGGGCGGAUAUAGCGAAUGCGGGGUCCGGGGAGAGCGGAUAUAGCGAAUGCGGGGGACGGGGAGGGCGGAUAUAGCGAAUGCAGGGUCCGGGGAGGGCGGAUAUAGCGAAUGCAGGGGACGGGGAGGGCGGAUAUAGCGAAUGCAGGGUCCGGGAGAGGGCGGAUAUAGCGAAUGCGGGGUCCGGGGAG